AUUCCCAUUCCAUCACACGCAUCACGAGGCCGGAGACGAAGCAGAAUGUCUGCAGGAUGGAAUACCAUCGAGUCGGACGCGGGAGUCUUCACCUUCCUCAUCGAGAGCUUAGGCGUGAAGAACGUCCAGUUCGAUGAACUCCUCUCCCUCGACGCCGAAUCCCUACAACCCCUCAACCCCAUCGGCGUCAUCUUCCUCUUCAAAUACCCGACCGGCGAGAAACCUCAGCGCGACAAGCCUCUCGAUGGCGAGUUCGACUACUCCGCCCUAACCCCACAAGAAGAAGACGAGCCGGUCUGGUUCGCAGCACAGACAAUACAAAACGCAUGUGGCACACAAGCACUGCUCUCCGUCCUUCUCAAUAAAAACAAGGCCGACGACGGCGUAGAAAUCGGCGCGAAUCUCCAAGAGUUCAAGGACUUUACCUCCGCCUUCCCCUCAGAUCUCCGCGGCGAGGCACUCAGCAACUCGGACUUGAUCCGCGACACCCACAACUCUUUUGCGCGCUCCUCGCCUUUUGUAUCCGACGAGACGAAAGUCGCGACGGAAGACGACGAUGUCUAUCACUUCAUAGCGUACACCAGCAUCAACGACACCCUCUACGAACUCGACGGCCUACAGCCCGCGCCCAUUCGCCACGGCGACAAAGGCGCCUGUCCGCCGGAGAUAUUCGCCGACUCUGUGGUUCCGGUGUUACAGAGGCGGAUCGAGCGAUACCCGCAGACGGAGAUUCGCUUUAAUUUGCUCGCAAUGUGUGAGGAUCGGAGGAUUCAAGCGCGGGAAAUCGGUGAUCAGGAAACGCUGAUGAGGGAGGAGCAGAAGAGAAGGGAGUGGAGGUGGGAGAAUGCGCUGCGCAGACACAAUUUUGUGGGCUUCAUUGGGGAGGUUAUGAAGGGCGUGACGAGAGGGAAGGUGAAGGAUGGUGGGUAUGACAAGUGGAUUGAGGAUGCAAAGGCGACGACUACGAAGAGGAUGGAGGAGAGGCGAAACAAGGGGCAGGUUGGUGGGGAUGAAAUGGACGUGAGCUGAGUUGGCGGUGCUGGCUCGCCUUCUCCCCAUGCAUAGUGGGAUGUUGCUUCUCACAGUAGUGCUGGUCCCGGCCGCCCUGAGGACUUCUCUUGCUGAUGAGAGUCCUCGCACUCGGACUGCAGCACUCAUAUAGCUGUCCGAACCCGAACGAAUGCUACGUGACGAACACCAAUUCAAAUUAAACCAGCCAGUCUACAUCUUCGCUGUACUAACCUCACCAUUCUCUUCCUCGGUUUUCUAGUCGCUCGUAUUCGGACCUGUCAC